AUGGCUCCCACUAGCUUUUGGGGCCGAGACACCAUCUACUCCGAGGCGACCUGCGAUCCCGAAGACAUCUUUUACGAAGGGUCCGAAGACGAAUGUUACGAGAGCAACCAAGUCCGCAAGCUCAGGUACGAAGAAGCCGGAAGACGUUUCCUUUCGGGACAGUCGCCCCCUCUCUUCUCUGCAACAUUAAGAGGCCCGUUCGAAACGGAAUGGACCAACCCAUGGAAAUCGAACCGACGCACAGGCCGAGAUACCGCACCCCCCAUCUCGAAAGUUACUUCACCUUUCAAGAAGCUGAAUCGGUACGAGUCUCUGAAGCCUGAGCGGCGAGAUGCCGCCCAGUGCCACCUCCCAAGUCCGGAGAGCCUUAAGCAGGUCUCUGUUGAGCAGCACCCCUUUCUCGAAGACGAAGAGGUCGCUCGCGUGCAGAAGUGGAGAAGCACUGUUGAGCCGUCAGAGGCCGGUCGGGAUGAAUUCUGGGAGGAAGCAGCCCAAUCACCCUCCAGCGGACGGUCGCCUGUCUUGAAGAAGAGCACCGACCGCCACAACUGGCUUCGCAGGUCGCCGAGCAAGAGGAAGCUAGGUGGCAAAGAGUCGGGGGGCACGGAAACGCCACGGAAGCGUCGGCAGCAAGCCAUUCCUCCCUCGUCAAUCCGUACGCCCCAGGAAAGCACUCGAGCCUUCAAGAAUAUGGCUUGCGGUAGCCGGGAAUUUUCCAUCAAAAACCACCCGCCUCUCCGAUCUACAGCUCUGGACCAAGACGAAGAUGAACUUAUGGAUGGGCCCGACACGUCGUUCGCGACCCAAUCAAGCCGUCUCUACCCCUCAGCCAAGCGUGUUUCUCCAAAGCGUGCAUUCCGGACGGCAAACGUACAGGAUUCUGUGGAUUCGGAGGACGAAUUGGCCCACGACAAGCUCGCCGAUCAGAAGGCCGCUGCGACCCUCUCCUCGCCCGUUUCCGACGACGGACCAGUCGAGGAGGUACAGUCCGAUGACAGCAUGGAUGACGACGACGAGACGGACGCCAACACUACCGUCAACGAGGAUUUCGAUGAGAGCGCCAUUCCCCAGAUCGAUUCCCAGCAAGAUGAUAGCUCUGAGCCUGUCUCACAUGAAAACCCUGUCGCUGGGGUCCCCGUCGAGAGGGGGGUCGAACGCCCCGGCAAGGACAUCAUCGGGGAGCUUGCCGAGGCCCCCAGGUUCGAUGAGCCGCAGGCCUGUUAUGAACGGGAGUCUUCUCCGCUUAGCAGUAUAGAAUCCAUGAGCUCUGUCACGGGAUCCGAAAUUCUCCUCGUCGUGGACGACACUUCGGAUGCUAUAUACAAGCACCUACCAGACGAGUCCAGCGAACUAUCCAGCGCACUGAGUAGCGAUGAGGAGAUCGGCAGCAUCAUCGGAGUGGAUACAGCUGAGACGGAAACGGAUGGAGAAUCUAGUGUCGGGGAAGAGUCGGUUCAGGAGGCAACCUCCCACGAAGCCCUAGCCGUGGAUGACGACUCUUCCGAUGGCAGCCUGACAGAUGCUUCCGAGCUCCAAGAUGCUCUCCAGGGGGUUGACAGGCAGCUCAUGGAAGAAUCACUCAUCUGGAACGCCGUCAGCUCGGAGGGCGAGGAAUGGCAUGAGACGUCGUCCAGUGGAGAUUCGAGCUAUCUCGGCCCCGAGCCCGAACCCGAACAACCUCAGUGCGCUCAUGACGCCCUGACGGAAGAAGUUCAAGAACGAGAUGAGGACGCCGCUCUAGAAGCAGAGCGUCUUGAUGACGAUGAACCUGAUACGCCCGCGUCCUAUGUGGAUGCACAGUCUACCUUGGAAGAACAACAGGGGGAAGUGCCUGAGCAGGCCCCCGCUUCCGUCGAAGAGCAAGAGCGAGAUGCCACAGUGGAGUCUCAAUCCUCCUACCUGUCACUCAAAGGCAUCAUUCAACAGCUUGUACCUCUGGUUCCCUGGGGCAACUCGCCCACGAAGAAGGAUCUUGUCGAACUACCUUCGGCGGUGGCCGCGGUUCGUAAUGCCAUCGAGCCCGAGGGGUCGGUAAUGCCCACGGAUGAAGCUCUUGGGGACGCAAAAGUCGCAGAGGUUACAGAGCCCACAGUGGAUAUGGCUGAACAAGCUUUCGAUCAUCCGAAGAAGGCCGGCACGGAGGUAGGGGAUCCUUCAGAGGCAGUACACGCAGCCAUGUCGAACGUGGCUUUUUUCGGUGCACGUGGUCUCGAUGGGGAAGAUGCUACAGAAGCUUCGAUAUCCAACCCUCCAGCACAGGACCUGGAGACUCCCGGCCAUAAUCCGGGAACUCCUGGACGGAACAUGCACAUUCUCUUGCCUGCUGCGACAAUGUCAUCACGGCCAGACCCGCCGCCCGGUCCAUCAGAUGGCGAAAACUGUGGCAUCGUGUCGAACCAAGAACCGCUCAAGCUGAUGCCGCCCUCGACUCCCGAGACGCUACUGCUCUUCAAGCCAUUUGCAGCUUUCAUGACGCCGUCGCCCGAGCGCCAUGCCCGCAAAGCUCAGCCCAGCCAAGGCAAAAGGGGUAUCGUUUCUGCCGUGAAGACCUCGACCCGCUCCAAGGCUACGAAGCGUGUGUCAUUUGCACCCCUUCCAGGAGGUGAGGCACACGAAUCCGGCAGGGUCGCCCAGGAUGAGGGUACGGAAAUGAGGCGCGCUGUCAUGUCGCCGCCUCCCAAUGCCUCCGUCGCGGACCUCCCGACUUCUGAGAAUGCCGACUUCAAUGGCCACUUCAACGCCAUGGCUAGGCGAGCAGGCGAGACGUCAGCCCUCGACAAUAACUCCGACAACGUCCCGUCGCAGGAGACGGAGAAGUCUACCAGCAGCCUGUGUCCCAGCUCCGCACCCGGGGAUGUUGCCCUUGCAGACGAUGACGAUCCGCCUGCCACGAGCGACAAAUUUGGAACGACUACCUUUGGCGAAGAAGACGAGCUCGACCUUACGGAGCAGGUCUUCGCAGACCUCCAGGGACUCCUACAACCGUGGGACCUGGAGGAGGAGCUGCGUCAGAAGCGCAAAGACGACGGCGAGUAG